AUGUCUCACCGUCACGGACAAGAUUGCGGACAUGAACACCAUGAACAUGGUCAUGACCAUGAUCACGACCAUGACCACGACCAUGAUAGUGGUUCCCCCAAUAACCUCUAUGCGCGCAUUGACAGACCGAAUGUAGUUGCUCUGAACGCUCAAGAAGGUUCUGAUCCUCGCGUUGCCCUGAAACCCUGGCAUGAGCGACUGGACGAGACCAAGUGGCUAGAGUCCGACGCAGAUGACCAGCUCAUUCUGCGUAUUCCGUUCACCGGAUCCGUCAAACUCCGUGGAUUGCUUUUGAAAACGGGCCCAGAAGACCAAACGGCUGAGAAAGUGUUAUUGUUCCCAAAUGCGGAUGAUAUGGACUUCAAUGAUGCAAGCGAACGUGAACCUGCCCAGUCGUUUGAUAUUGUGCGGUCGAGGGAGGUUGGAGAGUAUACCGUCAAGCCUGCCAAGUUCUCUAACUGCAGAUCGUUGACACUGUUCUUCCCUGCAGCUCAAGGGGCCGACACUUUGAAGAUCUACUAUAUCGGUUUGCUUGGAGAAUGGAGCGAGUUUACGAGGGACCUGGUUGUGACUAUUUACGAAGCCCAAGCAAACCCAGCUGACCAUAAGAAGAUUGUUGGAACAGAGGGCUCAUUGUCACAGCCAGGUGUAUAA